AUGGACAGAAGUCGUGGGUCCGAUGAUGCCUCGGGCUCCUGUGGCAGUUCUCCUAGACGCAGCUUUGCGUGUGUGGAGCGGGAAGAGGAGACGCUCCGGCGUUGGCCAAUGGCGUCCUCAGUGAAUUCUAGCAGGAGCGAGGAAGCGGACUUCUACAGCAACAUCAGCACUGAUGGAUGGGAUGCGUCACGAAGCACAGGACGUCUGGACUACACGAGAGAUAAUUCUCCGCUUCAUUGCGGCUCUGUUUUCACCGAUACUUCAGUUGACAGACUUGUUCAUGGCGAGCGUCAAACCCCCUGCGAGGGCUCUCAUGUAUACAGAGGCGCCUCUUCCAGACGAGCUCCUCCUUCUGUCACCUUGAGCCUACCCAGUGAGUCUUUACAAGAGUGGGGUCUUCAUGAUGCAGAGGGACGUCCUCUUCAAGGGCAAUACGGUGAUGCGUAUACGGCAGGGAUGACCCAGCAACCGCAGCAGCAGCACGGUGAUGGGGAGGCGGGAGAAGGGUCCGCCUCUUUUCGCUUUGAAGAACCCGAAACUUCGACUCCGCUGAUCAUUGAGCAAAGCGGUGCCAAUCCGCAGGAAGAGGCGGUGGCAGUAGAAGUGCACGACCAAGGCGAUGAACAAGCUGAUGGAACACAGACGCGUUUGCCAGAUGCCACCCCGGAAGCUCACUGUGCCAAUAUGGAGAGAAUGAAAUAUGAACUUCCAGAGGAUCCUCGCAAUCUUAUCAUUGAUGUCAUUCUCAAGAGUGCUUCACCUAGUGUCACGCUUCAAGAAAUCCACAACGCUCUCCAGUGGACUGAGCGGUUCGAGGCGGCCAAUGGGAGUGUACUAGACUUCCUGCAAGGCUAUCAAUCUAUCUUUGCUGUGUCACCCAUCUAUGACCGUGUCACGCUGCGUCGCCCCUUACAAACGGCAAAGGGUCGACGUACAGUACGCGAUCAUCGUGGACCCCGUGACAUUUCCAGCGGUAUAGGCAGCGUUAGCUACAGCUACGUCGCCACCGCCUUUGAUCUUGACGCUCUGGCAGUGAUUUACAAACGCCGCGGAUAUGAUACGGAGCUUAUGUACGGUGUUCUCCACGUCUCCUCCCAUCGCACCUUUGACAUCUUCUUGUUUCCCAACGGUGUGGUGGUGUGGUGGGGGUUGAACCGGCAGGAUCACUGGCUGGUGGAAGACGAUUUCUUGACCUCCGCCAACUCCUUUGUGCGGGUCGCAGUGAAGGAACGUCAUGCGCAGGAGGUCAUAAAUGAAUUGUUCCCAUUCUGGUGCUCCUAUGAGUUGGACAAGCACUACGACGCGAGUACGCCGUCUCGCAGGGAGGAGGCUCUUGCGCGGUUCGGCACCCACCUUUGCUUUGACCACUACCUUAUCCCCGACGUCAAGCCCAUCCGCACACAAAUUAUGCUCACAGUCUCGUACUCACUUGGCCGCGUCGCCGUUGUUGACUUUUUCGACAACGUCACGCAGAACCUGCACAAGCAGGUGUUAGGGAUCCCAUCCGACAUUAAAGGCCUCUGCGAUUACUUGUCGAUGCGACGCAAAAUGGUGCAGCUUGAGGGUGAAAUUCUCCUGGCAAGCAUGUCCAUCUCGGCACUGCGCGACACACCUGAAUUCCUGUGGGAGAUGCCAUGGCUGUAUGACUAUUAUGAACUCAUCGAGAGGCAGAAUCCAUCGGGUCAACUCAUUUUAUGGUUUAUUGCCAAAAACGAAACUCUGGUGCAGCAGAUGGCACAUAUCAAAACUAGGCGGUUUACUCUCUUUAUUUUGGGCUCGGACGUCUUCCUGAUCCUGCUGCUUGUGGCGGAUGUUGUCUUCCUCAUGGCGGGUUUUGUUCUCAAACUGUACUUCCCGCUAGAGAAUUAG